CUCUGGGCACAACUGCGGCGAUUUCGGGCAUCUGAAACUGAUACCGCGCCGCGUGCAGCCUCGACGGCGUCAAACCGCUUCGGAUCCUCACCCAGACCUGUUCCUGUUUUGUUCCUGCAGCCCUUCCUCCGGAACAAAACUACUCGCUCUCUUCUGCUCCUCUUCGUCGGUCAACGAAACCGAUGUUACAGGCGUCCUCUGCUCAUUAGGUGCCUUCUCUCUCUCUGACAUCCCUACCUCUUAUCUGCGUCUCCCUCCCUUCGCGGCGCGACCUCUCAAGCAGACAUGGAGACAACCGCGAGAAAAAGCGUGUCUCCCCUCACGGGGAAGCCUCUGCUGUAUGCCUCUUAUUCCUUCUGUCUUGUCUGUUGUUAAGCAUUUCUCUAACUGUCAACUCUUCGCGCGUGUUAGGUACUUCACAUCCAUCUUUGUCUCACUAGGCGUCUUCCUGUUUGGAUAUGACCAGGGCGUCAUGUCCGGUAUUAUUACCGGCCCGUACUUUCUCGAAUACUUUGACAACCCCACCCGAGCGCAACUCGGUACUAUGGUUGCAAUUCUCGAAGUCGGUGCCUUUCUGUCGUCACUCAUGGUCGGCAGAGUAGGUGACAUCAUCGGUCGUCGAAAGACCAUCUUUUAUGGUUCAAUCGUCUUCGUCGUCGGAGGCGGUUUCCAAAGCUUUUCUAGCGGCAUGAACACCAUGAUUAUCGGUCGUAUCAUUUCGGGUUUCGGUGUCGGAAUGCUCUCCACAAUCGUUCCUGUCUAUCAGUCCGAAAUCUCUCCUGCUGACCACCGCGGUCGUCUUGCUUGUAUCGAGUUCACCGGUAACGUCGUUGGCUACGCGGCUUCAGUUUGGGUCGACUAUGUGUGCAGCUUCAUUCAGAGCGACUUGAGUUGGAGAUUGCCUCUUCUCUUGCAGUGCAUCAUGGGCCUCCUUUUGUGUGUCGGUUCUUUGAUUAUCGCCGAGACUCCUAGAUGGCUGCUUGACCACGACCAUGACACCGAGGGAAUGAUUGUUAUCGCCAAUCUGCACGCCGGCGGUGACACCGAAGAUCCACGUGCCCAUACUGAGUUCAACGACAUCAAGGAGAACGUCUUCCUCAUGCGUGCUGAGGCUGAGCGCAGCUAUGCCGACAUGUGGAGAAAGUAUAAGAAGCGUGUUUUGAUUGCUAUGUCGUCGCAGAUGUUUGCUCAGCUCAACGGAAUCAACGUCAUCUCUUACUAUGCCCCGUUGGUGUUCGAAGAGGCCGGUUGGAUCGGUCGUGACGCCAUUCUGAUGACAGGUCUUAAUGCGCUUGUCUAUGUGGCGUCCACUAUUCCUCCGUGGUUUUUGGUCGAUCACUGGGGUCGUCGUCCUAUUCUGUUGUCGGGUGCGCUUAUUAUGGCACUUUCCCUGUCCAUGAUUUCAUACUCGAUCUACCUUGAUAUCCCAGCUACGCCCGACAUGACAGUCUUCUUUGUGAUUGUCUACAACGCGUUCUUUGGAUACUCAUGGGGACCUAUCCCCUGGCUCUACCCGCCCGAGAUCAUGCCUCUCUCGGUCAGAGCCAAGGGUGCCUCUCUCUCCACAGCCACCAAUUGGGCUUUCAACUGGUUGGUCGGUGAGAUGACACCUAUUUUGCAAGAGACGAUCGAAUGGAGAAUGUAUCUUCUCCAUGCCUUCUUCUGUUGCAUGUCUUUCGUGUUGGUCUACUUCACUUACCCCGAAACCAAGGGUGUAUCGCUCGAGGAUAUGGACCUCGUAUUUGGUGACGCCACAAGCUCAAGAACUCCUUUGAGCCGUGACGAGGACGACGAAGACGACAGCUCGCUAGCCAGCAGCAGAAGACAGAGCGAUUUAGAGUAUGGUGUGCCCCGCGCACAAUCCACUGAGCUGCUUGGUACAGUACAUUCUCGACCGUCUGAGGAGGAGGCAUUCUUCGGAAGUCGAACAGCAUCUCCAGCAAGACGGAACCAUACGCAUGAUGAUUAAACAUCUGAAGAUAGAGCACCUAAAGAAAUAUUGGAAAACAGAGAAAACAAUCAUAGCUUCCCUUCAGCUCGCUACAGAGAAAAGAAUUCUGUCUGUUUCUUCUAACUUAUAAAUAUUUUUGGAACUCAAUAAGUUCAAUGCAUAUCACACAGCUUUUUUUGUCUUUUUGAUUCGCCAUUCUUGUCAUGUAUCUGUAGCGCUGGGUUGCGUGUAUUCAUCUAAGGUCAUCAGUGCUUCUUUUCUCUAGCUGUAUUUGGGUUUUUUUCCUUUCGCUCCUUUUCUUUUUGUGUGUUUUUCUUUAUCACAGCAUGGUUGAUAGAUACUGCAUGUUUAUCGGCGGCAUGCAGAAGGGAUUUAGGAAUAGUGUUGUUUUUUUAUACUUAGGGUCAAAUGGUGGUUGAUUGAAUAAAGUGUCAUAGCCCAUCAAGUUUCUUGC